GGGUGGGGGGUCGCCGAUGCUCCAAUGCUGUGCGCGAGCUGACACGCCGUGCACCACGCAGCGUGGAGUGGUGUGCGGGCUCAUGAAAUCGUGUGCGGACGACGUGUGUGCUUCCGUCGUUACAUGGAUGCGUUGUUCAAGCCGCGAAAUCGGUAGCACGCCGACCAUGAUGCGGGAACGGAACCGGGCCGCGACAGGAGACGCCGCGGGAGCGGUCGGCCGCCGAUCUCGCGUCUAGGCCUAACGAAGUGUCGCCGCCGUCGGCUGUGUUGUGUUCGCGCGCGGCGCCUACAUUGGGAAGUCGCCGCUCACCGGACGAUUUGUCCCGUGUUUGUGUGAGCAGUGAGUGCAGAGAAGGGAGGCAGAGCCCAGGAGGGGCUGGGCAAUGCAGUCAGCACUGGUGUGCUCCCCCCUUGACGGCCGUUUCUUCUCGUGCCCCCCUAGCCAGCUGCAGCACAAGCGCAUAGUGACCAGCGCCCUGGCCCCACUUGGGGUCGCACCUGCCUCAGUGGCCGUCUCACUUCAACAGAGUCUCAGGAAAGUGCCUGCCGUUCCGAGUGAACCAUCUGCCGCCCAGGGCCUGCAAGCUCCAGUGAUCAACCACAGUGUACCACCCUCUGGUGUGAGCAAUUGUACCGAGAGUUUGCAGGAAGGAAUGACUGGCCUGGUGACACGGCAUUCAAACCCUGGCUCGCAGGGUAAGGAGAGCGGUGCCCUGAUGGCAGGUGGUGCUGGCCGAGAGGACGACUGGCAGAUGCCGUGCCUGGAGCCCUCGCCCGAGCGCCGGUCUGUGCGUAGUGCUGCCAAGCGCUGGGGGCCCCGUUCGCCCGAGAUGCCCAUGCUUGUGCCAGCAAUAAGCAAGGGGCCUGCAGAGGAGGCUGAGGAGGUGGUGUCCAGGCAGACGACGCAGCUUCUCCUGAGCCGAUUCCAGGGAAGUGUGGAGGUGGACAGUAUUGAUGGUGUGGACUUCUUUAGUUUCUCCAGUGUGGAGGACCUCAACGAGUUUGCUCGUUCCAUGGACCAACUACUCGAAGAGCAGUAUCGCGAGCCGCGCUCCCCGGACGGUUCGGCGCCUUCUUCUGUGGCGCGGUCUGGGGCAGCCGAUGAGGAGUGGCGUGAGUCGGACUGGACAGAGGAGCGGCAGCCUAUGGUUGUGCUCCCACGAAAGACGACAGACAUCACCAAGAUCAAAGGGUGGCGCCGCAAGGCAUUCGGUUCAGAACAGGCAGCGGACCAUACGACGCGCUGGGUCAUGGACCAGAUAAACGAGCAGGCGUGGCGCCACCAGGAUGACGAGAAGUCAGAGCCACCUGCGUUGAUGACGCGGAGGGCAACGGCAGCAGCAGCCGCAGCAGCUGCAGCGGCGAGCGAAGGCCAGCGCUCAGCAUCAAACCAGGCAGCACCACAGCCUGAAGCAAAGAACAUGAUGGUUGAAGUUAAACAGGAGAACUUGCAGGCGGCUGAGGCAUCACUGUCCAAGGGUGUGCGCUGCGCCUUCCUGAGCUCCAAGUUGGACGAGUUCCUGCAGCACCAGUCAGAGCUGCGAGUGGGCCAGCUGGCCCAGUUUAACCCCAACAUUGUGCCAUUGCCUGAGGGACAGGGAGUGCUUGCGCUCAGCAACCCAGUCCUUGCAUGCCAGCCCCCUGAGGGGGCAUCCAGGCAGGUUGGCCCAACCAGGGAGAUGACAGCUCGUCCAUCGCAACGCUACGGCAGGCCACGGGCUGCAGAGAAUGGGCGCACAGCUGGCGUUGCACGAACUGAGCACUGGAAGACCAGUGCGACUCCUGCUGCUCGGCGCCGUCGUCAGAGCAGUGCGGCCACCGACAAAGCAGCAGAGGAACUGGAGCCACCUUCCCAGUCGCCAUCCAAACCUGCCGCUGCAACGGUGGCAGCCUCUUUGCCCAAGCCUCCGGCGAAGCGUGUGAAGACAGAAGUCGAAGAAGAUGCGCCUUUCCUGGCGAUGACAAGCCGCAGGUUACGUGGUGGUCAGGCAGCACCAGAUACUUCCUCAAACAAGGCCGUUGUUGUGCCCAAGGAGGUGCCCAAGGAGGUGCCCAAAAAGAAGGAGCCCUCUACUCCAAAGGAAACUCCGAAGAAGAAGGAGUGUGCUGCCGCCGAGACACCCUCGAAAUCUACUAGCGUGGCAGCCACAAAGAAACCGGUUGCAGCCACACCCGCGUCUCCUGACAAGCCCUUGCCUUACGGCUCCUAUGAAGACAGCGGCGACUACCCGCUGGUGCCUGAAGUGCUGCUCACCAACGAGCAGAAGCGGCUGCUCCAGGCGCUGCUCACAAGCACCCAGUGUAGCCGGCCGCUCACAGUUGCCUUGCCUGUGGAGCCUUGCUUUGUGUGCCCGCAACUGGACCAGCAGGAUGCCCUUGCUGCUGCACAAGCACUUUCACCAGCUGAUGGUGGCACGCCUCAGAAGACUUCGGCCGCCACUGGCAAGCUGAGCACUCCUUCACCGGCCACUGCUGUGCAGAAGGCAGCAGAAGCGCAUGCAUCCAGUGCACAGAAGGGAGCAGACAUGACGAAGAAGGCCCGAUCUUUGGUUAAGGAAGCAGUGACAAAGGAGAGCACUGCAGAGACAUCCAAGACGCCUCGCAAGCCCAAUGUAAAGCCACUCCCUAGCCCCACAAUCCCGGCUUCACCCACCGAGUCUACGCAGAGCACCCGCAGCCGUCGGCCAAUCCGACUUCCUGCUCGCUUUCAAGACUCGGCGUUGUACUUCUCGCCAAAUGGGGACCUGUUUGACAUUUCAUCACAACCCAUGCCACACCGGCGAGGUCGUCCGCCGAGCGCAGCUAGCAGCUCAAAGGUUGCCCAGCCACCACCACGGCCUCCGCCACCCCCUGUGGCACCCGUCCAGCCAGAUGCAGUGCAAUCGUCUUCUUCAUCCUCUUCAUCUUGGUGUGUUUCAUCUUCGUCAUCAUCAUCAUCUUCGUCACGAUCGUCAUCACGCUCAUCGUCUCCUUGUGGCAGCGGCUGUGAAGCUGCCACAUCUUCGCAGGGCUCCAGUAAAAAGAAUGGCGAAGGCUCAAAGGCUUUACUUAUGAAUGGUGGCCGGACUCUGAAGCAGCUGACACGCCUCAAGACUGAUGGCUUUGUGAGCUUGAAUUCAAUCCAAGACUCCUCCCAGGCCUCCUCUACACCUGAAGGCUCUGUUGAUGUCAACAUAGAUUCUUUGUCUGACUCGGAUGAGGAGUUGUCUGUGGGUGAAGAGCCUCGCGCCAAGGACGUGGAGAACUCGAUGCAGAUCAAGGCCUGCCGUGAACGAAUUCGACGCCAGCAGAUGCAGAACCUGUUAAUGGAGCUUCAGAAUGUUGUCUUUAGGACACCCUCCACAAAGCCUGUGUCCAAGGUGUCUGUCCUGUCACAGGCCAACCAGUACCUCCGCUGCCUGAGGGUUUUGUCAGCACACCUGCACGAAGAGAAGCUUUGGCUGAAGCGGCGUCGUGCAGCCCUUGAGCAGUGCUUGCAGGCCAGCCAUCAGGGCAAGCAGCCCCCGCUGCUGCCACGGGCUGAGCCGAAGCCGACUCCACUGCCCACCGCUGUUCGUGAAGUGUGUGACCUGAGUGAUUCCACUGUGCCUCCCAUCCGGGAGGCGACCGAUGAAUUGGUCAAUGGUGGCAGUGUUCCUACUGCACUUUCUGCAUUGCCAGCAAAAAGCAAGAAGGAGAAUGCGAGUUCCACUAGCAGCAAACAACAUCAUGGCAAAAAGAAGCAUUCUUCCAAGUCUGGUGCAGAGAAGACUUCGAAACACAAGUCAAAAGCUCCACCACCACAAAAGGUUCAAGACACAGCUGCCAAAACAACUGGCCCAACAAAGGUAGAGGCAGUUACAUGCGAGGAGCGCGACAUGGAAACGGCAACAACUGGGAGUGAUGACUCGGCACGCCUUACCUACAAGCUGAACGAUGGCCACAUUGGCGCCUUGCGCAGUAUUCCAACACCCACGGACACACCCAAGAAGUACACCUUGUACCCUGCCAAGGGCACCGUGCUCGGGGACCUGUCAAAGGUUGCUGCCGCAGCGCAACACAUCAUUGGGCCCUGUGUCAUCAAGCGGGUCAAGCUGCGUUCAGGCCAGACCGUGUUUAUCUAUCGCCAACCAGACGGUGCACCCGCAGCAGAUGGUGCACCCACAGCAGACGGUGCACCCACAGCACAAGACUGCUCAAGUGGUGGUGCCGGAGAUAAUGACCAGCCUCUGUCAUCAGGAGCAUUGGCAACAUGGAAUGAUGAGGAGGUGUCUACGUUGCAGCUAGCAGCACCCGGCUCAUUGCCUCAGCCAGAGUUUCUACCCAGUCCAGACGUUGAAAUGCCAGAGGUUGCGUGUGGUGACGACAGUCAGGACAGCUUGCCGGAAUGUGUUGGAGAACAAGUUUCUCGUGAGGACAAUGUCGACGAUAAUGAGGGUGAUUUGGGAGACACUUCAGAGUGGAUCUCAGGAGAUGGUGACACUUGCAUUGUAAUGAAAUUGCCAGUGAGCUCCGACGAGGAAGAAUCUUCAUCCGAUGAGUCAUAGCAUCAGUUGUGUUUGUUGCCGGACACCUGUGGUGUGUGAGUGGGGGGUGUAAGCUUAUUGUUUGGGGAGAACCGGAUCCUACCAAAGAACAACUUGCACCUGCCCUUUUUGUUUGGGACUUAAGUGAUAAGCCUGCUGAGAUGGCCAAAACUCUCACAAUCGGUGUGCCCUGGCUGCUGCUCUUCCAGCCAAGCUGUGCCAUCUCAGCUACAAGCUGUGCUCAAUUUGGGACGGGCAAGAGCGAACAGUUGUGGGCAUUUGUAGACAUUUGUUUCUUCACGUUUUGUGUUUAUGCACUACUAGAAGAAAGCGGUGUCGCCACUUGGAGGGCGUUCGGCCGCAAAAGAUAACAAGUCAAGUGAACUGAGCAGUGGAGCAACAGUGAUCAUUUUCUUGUAAAUAUAUGUUUCUCGUGUGUGAAUCGUCAUACAAUUAAAGUAACUCGCAAGUA